CCAUGCCAUCGCUCCAAGCAACCAUUGAUCCUUUACCUGUCAACGGCAGCGAGCCGGAGAAUGGCGAGCCAAAAGAUGGCAGGGUCGAUCAGAAAUGCGACUCCUCCAACGGCAACAACCUGCCCACUAAUCUCUAUCCCAGCAUCACCACUUCUAACCACCCUAACCUCAACCACUUCGCCUCCUCCCACCUCAUCAACUUUGGCACCACCUUCCUCCCCGACCUGAUCGUCUCUGCAUCCCACCUCUCCCUCUUCACCGCUCCCUCUCCCGGUUCCUCCUCUCCCUAUGGCCGAGCAAUAACAGACUGGACCUCCGGCCAGAUGUCUUCUCUCCUCGGGCACUCGCACCCGGAAAUCGUUUCCGUCAUCAGCUCCCAUGCUUCCUCCCUCGACCACCUCUUCUCCGGCAUGCUCUCGCCGCCCGUGUUGAACCUGGCCAAGCGCUUGACAAGUGUCCUGCCAGACGGACUGGAUAGAGCCAUCUUCUUGUCCACGGGUGGAGAGUCGAACGAGGCCGCAAUCAAGAUGGCCAAGACGUAUACCGGGAAGUUCGAGGUCGUGGGGUUGGGAGCGAGCUGGCAUGGGGUUACUGCGCAGGCGAGUAGUGUGCAGUACCAUGCUGGACGGAGGGUCGGGUGGCCGUUGAUUCCAGGAGGAUUGAUGUUGCCGAGUCCAAAUGCUUAUCGGUGCCAUCAGGGGUUCAGGAAGAGGAAAGAAAAGGGCUUGAAGGGAAAGGAGACAAGUGGAGAAGGCGGGAGAUGGAAAGAGGGAGAUAUGAUUGACAAGGGAAAUGGAAAGGAAAGUCAGGAAGAAAACGAAGAAGAAUGGGAAUACGACUGGGAAGCCGAAAUGCUUUACGGCUGGCGACUGAUUGACCAACAGUCAUGCGGGUCUCUGGCAGCCGUCAUCGUUGAGCCAAUCCAGUCCUCAGGCGGCAUGCAUGUGCUUCCGCCUGGGUACCUCCGCAGGCUCAAAACUGAAUGUGAGAAACGUGGCAUGUUGCUCAUCGUUGACGAAGCCCAGACUGGAAUCGGUCGCACGGGGGAAAUGGUCGCGGUCAACCACGACGGCGUGGUUCCGGACAUCUUGACUCUGUCCAAAACUCUGGGCAACGGAUUGCCGUUGUCAGCGGUUGUGACUAGCCAUGCCAUCGCCGACGUUUGUGCGGAAAGGGACUUCCUCUUCUAUACCACGCAUGUUAACGACCCUUUGCCUGCCGCCGUGGGGGACAAGGUGCUGGAAAUCGUUGUCCGAGAUGACUUGGUUUCGCACGCUCGACGGAUGGGGGAGAUCCUGCACUCCGGGCUCAACCAGCUCAAAAAUCGGUAUGCUUGUAUCGGCGAUGUUCGAGGUCGAGGGUUGAUGGCUGGGGUGGAGAUUGUCGAGGAUCGAAGAAAAGGGAAAGAACCCGGGUUGGAACUGGCCAAGAGGGUCGGAGAUCGCGCGUAUGAACUUGGGCUCUGGUGUAAUCUGAGUACUCACCCCAGCUUUGGGGGGACGUUCAGAAUUGCACCGCCUAUCACUAUAGGCGAGAAAGAAGUCAGGGAGGGACUGGCAGUGUUGGAGGAGGCGUUCAGGGGGGUCGAGGGGACGUUGCCUCUGUACUGA